UUCACUUUCAAUGAUUUAUGGUGCAAAACCUGCUGAAAAGAGCGAUCGACUGCAUAGUUGAAAUGUUAUCAACACAAAUUUGAGCGCUUUUGAAUUGAAUCAUCAUUCUUAUGUGUAGUCCUAUGUGAGCUCAGUACUUACCAAAGUUUUAAAAAUACGCCCCCUUGUGCAUUAUUGGCGUUGCUUCAAACAAAUUUCACUGAACUUGAAGAAAAUCUUAGGUAAAUUAAUUUGCAUUGAACGCGAAUAGCAAUAUGCCCGGUCGGCUGAAGAUUAUUAAAUAUAGAAACCCAACGUUGUUGGUGCAUUAUCAUUUGGCUCAUCUGAAGUAUUAUGCUUAGGUGUUCAUCAAUAUUUAUAGCUGCAUUGGAUGAAGGAUGUUUAGGAUACAGUGUGAGAUGGUGGAUAGCCAAGAUGGAGUUUCAUGGCAAGCUAAAUAGUUAAUCAUUCAAGCGAAGCUGUGAGUUUGGACAAGAAUAUUCAUUUUGUUCGUAUGGUAAAUUUAUCUACCACAAUUGACGGGACUAGGAAGGUCACAGUAAAGUUUAAAAUGGAAGAAGCAAAGCAAACAUCCCAGAAUCCUUCAAAAUCAGGCAGAAACUCCGCUGAAUCACACGAUGAUCGCGCUUUUGAUACAAUGCUUCGUUUACUCAUCAUGAUGGAGGGAGAGCUACAGACGAAAGAAACAAUAAUAGAAAUUUUAAUGGAAGGUCAAGGUAAAAAGGAUAUGCUGUUUAACAAGCUGAACAAAAUCUUGGCCGUUCGUGAAAAUGAUCCCUUCUCAGCUUUAAAAAGAGAUGGUGUUUACAGUCAGAAGAAGUGGACUGAGUUAUUCAUGAAAGAUAACGAUAGCGAUGAAGCAUUUCUAGCAGACAGCUCUCGUUACCUUUCUGCAUGUUCUUCACUUCGUGCCAUUAGCAUCGCAAGGCUACAAAAUCAACGUUACACCGAAGCUUAUGAUAUGCUGCAGAAAACUGCCAGAAAUUAUAGAAAGCUCAAAAUAAAGUACACUAAAGAGAGACGCAAAUCUGCGGAAGUACCAUCUUCAGUUGGAGCCUCGUUAUUACUUCCUCAAGCAUCUACUGUAAGUGAGGUCGAUAAAACAGCAAAUACAAAUACAGCCAACCUCAUCAAAGACGAUGAAAGGCUGAUUCACGAACAAAAGCGUUGUAAGGGUCUGGAGGAGAGAAUUGAAGCACUGACCAAUGAGAUGACAGAGGAACGACGUCAGAGGUUGUGCAUUGAACGUAAGAUGAGAGAAGAAAUUCGCAGACUUCAAAAUGAAUUGAAACUGGAACGCGAGAGCAGCAAACGAGAUCAUUGUCUGCUUCACAUUACAACCAAACAAUUUCACAAUACAUCAGUAAAUCUCAGAUAGUUUAACGUUUGCUUUGCCUAGCCAUUUUUUAACACACAGUCAUGUCAUACAUUUCAAUAAGCUUGUUAUAACUGUCUACUCUGUGAUCCAGAAGAUGUUUCUUUUAAUAUAUGAAUUUUAUAAAUAUUUAUAACAAUAUUUCCUACCAAA